AUGGCGGAACGAUGGGAUAAAAUCUACGAAGCCCAGAAGCAUGAUGGACCUCGUAUAAAGCCCAUCCGACACCCAAAUCUCGCCAACGUCUCAACUCUAUCAAUCAAGUCUAAUGCAAUCAACCUUUCACGAAAUGAUGCGCCGCACUCACCCACCAAUGCCGGCUCCUCAUCUCCUAACGGUGUCACUGAAAUCUCAGACAUUCUCUCCCGGCUCCAGCUCAAUACCUCGCAGCUACAGGAGCUCUUUAACGCUCUUACCGACAUCGUCACCAAGUCUGCUCAACCAAGCCUGGACAACGACACGUACAAUUUGAUCAAUGCCGACGACGUACCUCAAAACGUCUCCACUGAAGACAGCGGCGAUGAAAAUGCGGACACUGCCGGUCGUGUGUUAAUUACCGCUACCCUAUCUACCGUUGCGGUGAAACCUGUUGUUGGACCUUCCCCUGUAGCAUCCAACAGAGAUUCUGUUGCAGUAUCUGUCGUCGCCACUGCUCCCCCCGCUGUUGCGCCUGCAGGCACAACUGCCGUCACAGCAUCCCCCGUCAUUGUGGUACCUGUGGCACCUGUCUCCAUUGCUGCACCUGCAGUCGCAUCCACUACCAGGAUGUUUAACGGGGUCAGUUACCAAUAUCCUCCUGACGACGCUUCCGGUCCGUUCUAUCUCGUCACUCGCGGCCACAAUAUUGGUGUAUUUGUCGGUUGGGAAAACACAUCCCCCCUCGUCACUUGUGUCUUGGCUUCUGUCUCCUUCCACAUUCCUUCUGCAGAGGACUGA